AUGCCAACCCAACCCGGGAGCCACAGCCGAGAAGAUUCUCUCCCUCCAGUUCCUGAUUCUGAUUUUGGCGGCUCUAUCUCCCGCAAUCGUCGCUCUUUUGCUGCCUUGGCCCAAAAGACUUCAAACGCUCUUGCUAGUCUGUCUGGUACAACCACACUGCGUUCCUCGAUAUCAUAUGGUAGUCUCUCGAGACCGCAUCAGCUCUCGACCCCUGUGACCCCACCAUUCGGCAACACCUACGUGCAAUUGACGGGAACUUCGCGCCCUUCUUCCCCGGCCUUGGUCGACAAUCCCUCCAAUUCGCUUCUGAAGCGUCGCUCGACACUUCGUAUCCCUACCUCUGCCUACGACACCCGCCCUUCCCCGCCCGGGCUCCCCAAAAUGCAUCAGACGUCGUCGAGGUUAUUGCGCAUGACCGAGGAUGAGCGUCCCUUCACCAAGGAUUUCAUGGACUUGUUCUCCACGUUGAUGGUCAGCUUGAAGUUGGAUUCGCACCGCGUCCGUUUUACCAGAUAUGACCACACAUUCACCUCAGAAGAGGCCAUCAACAAUUUGGGCUCGCUCAAGUUCUCUCAGUCCAACCGCAUGCCAGAUCCGAAGGACCCCUCCCGCAUUGUCACGACGACCACGACCACUACUUUCUCCAUGGCCAAGGAAAUGGCCCGAUCUGUCUGCCAGCGAUUCGUCGAUGCACGCUUCAUUGAAUCUGUCGAUGGAAAAGCCCUUUCGAUAUUUCCGCUUAAAGGCGCCCUCUUCCAGCUCACCCCGAAGGGCAUCAACAUCCUGCAGCGUUUCUGCCAGCGGAAUGGUAUCACCGCCCGUCACGUGAUGGAUGUACUGGAGUCGCCCCGCAACACCAUGCAGUUGGUCAUUCUCGAGCGUGAUACGGAUACGGACAAGUUGUCUCACGACCGCGCGACAAUUGAGGUUAUUUUCCGCCGCUUUGCUGGUCAGGAUGGUCCGAACGUCAAGAGUAGUAUCUCGACCUCAGAUUCGGACUCGCUCAGUGAUUACACCAACGGCCUCGUUGGUGUGAAGGUGGCUCGGGAGCGCAAGCUCCAGGAUGGGAAGGUUUACAGCAAUACAUUUACUGGAAAGGCGGCGGUGGACUGGUUGAUGGAUUGUUCGACGACCAUCGAGCGCCGGGAGACCUGCUUGAUAGCGGAGCUGUUUUUGAAGUAUGGUCUGAUUACGAUGAUCCAGGACGAUAAAUCAUUCCCUGAUGUUGGGACGAGUGCUCAUUUCCAACCUUCGAAAUAUGCUAUCUAUGGAAUCACUGAGCGUGGGCAGCGUGUGUGUGGAUGGAUUGCCCGCGAGAAGGCUCGCGAGGCUGCCACGACGUACGACAGCCGCGGUAUGCCGCGGGACUCCAAUAACGCCCGAUUGACUCACAUUCUUCAAGAUCCCGCUCUGCGUCUGCUCUUCCGCGAAUUCCUACGCUACUCGCUGUGUGAAGAGAACCUCUCUUUCUACCUGGAUGUUUCAGAAUUCACCGCCAACUACCACAAGGCCGAGAAGAUGGGAACAUUCAACAAGGUCGACUCCGUGCGCGAAACCCUGGCUGCAGCAUAUGGAUUGUACAAUGCCUUCUUAGCACCUGGAUCUCCCUGCGAGUUGAACAUUGACCACGCCCUCCGCAACAGCCUGGCCAGCCGCAUGACCAAGGCUGUGGGAGAUGACGAGUCCAUGUUCAAGAGUCUGCAAGAAGUGGUCCACCUGUUCGAGCUCGCUCAAACGUCCGUCUUCAAGCUGAUGUCAAGUGACUCUGUACCGAAGUUCCUCCGCGAUCCCAAAUACUCCGUUGUCCUACAAGAACACGACGUGGAUAUCAUGGGAGGCUCGCGCUCAUACUCGCCCACGCCAGGCGGCCCGCCGUCAAUUCCAGAACGCAGCAUGAGUCGAUCGACGCGCGCCUGA